CUCUCCCAUCGUUCCCUCCUCCUCCCGUUCGUUUCCUCAGCGCCGCCACCACACACUCAGCGCCCGAUACCCAUCACCAGCCCCGAGUCGCUGCUUUGCCUCCCCGCCAUGGCCACCUCUGCUUCCUCCCCUCCGUCGCCGGCCGGUCACCAGCAAGGGCCCGCAACCGCAACCGCGCCCAUGGUCGCUGUUGCCUCGUGCCUCCUCGCGCGCACCCAUAGAGCUUCGCCGCGCCACCUCGCUCAUGUCUUGCCGGCUUCCUCCGCCUCUGAACUCGUCGGCCGUCGCGCCUCCAGCCGCCAGCACCCCUCUGCCGCAGGCCCCGUGCUCCCUCCGCUCGUCUAUUCCUCGCCCUCGCCGCACUUCGCGGGUAGCCGCACCGCACUGGACCAGCGCGCCACCAGGUGCAGCCAUGGGCACCGUUUUCCUCAAGCAACAGCCGCCGUUCGGCCUCGGGCCGGUAAGAUCCUGCAACCCCACGUCGAGGUCGCCGUUCCCGGCCUUCCCCUCACCCGUCAUCGCCGCAUCCGACGGGAGCUGGCCAGAGGCCGCCCUUUCUCGCGUCAGCCUCCUCUGCAUUGAGCGCCGCUGCCUCCGCCCCGUGCCGUUGACCUCCUAUAGCCUCUUGUUUGUUGUGUGCAUCGCUGCCCACGACUCCGGUAGCACCUUCGGGUCCUCCUUCGUCGAAGGGCACUCCCCAACAUCGUUUCUUCGUUUUGGAUCAUGCCAAGUCCGACUACGACCUGAACGACUACACGAUGACCCCGAAGAACAUGGAUUCGUCAAGUUCUCUUUGACAUGAGUACCACUACCGCCGCCCGAACAACUACAAACCGAAAUGCCAUGUUCCUCUCCGAACGUGUACGACUACCGAUGAGUACCUCUACCGAUGUCGUGUAGCACUACUUUCGUCUGCACUGCAUCAAACUCGUCCGCCCCGAAUUGCACGCUUCGAAGGUAUAAACCCGAGACAACGCCGAACAAAUACAUAUGUGUUGUAUGAGAUGUUUGUGUUUGCACCAUGUUUGAGUUGUCGUUGCCAUGCCUUCGACCCGUGGGAACCCAGUAAUCGGGACCAGCCCACCAUCUUUUGCAUGUUUCGUACAUCCGUACUUUUUUUUUGCACUGACAUCUCGACGAGUUGUCAGAGCAUCGAAAUGUUGUUGUGGCAUCA